CAGAACGCCACUUCACAAAUUCCUCCAUAGAAUUUCUGUAAUUUAGCAAUAUGCAACCUCCACCGCUACGGCUGGUCCUGUUACCCGUGAAAUGCCUUUCCAACAUGUCUUUAUCGGUUCUAUAAGGUCUGCAUACGGCAAUGCGCGACAUGGCGUUCGCACCAGAAUCGCGAAAUUACCCUCCUCGCGGCGACUGAGCUCCUUCGCGGUUCGAGAUCGCCAAUUCACCCGCACACGAACCGAGAAGCUUCCUCAAGCUCAGACGAGGACGUUCGCGACAACCAGGGCGCAGAAUUCCCAGCGGGAAAUCGCUGUCCUCGGCGGCGGCAUCACAGGGCUUACUGCUGCCCAUUACCUGGCUCGCCACGCCAAGAACGCACACAUCACGCUAUACGAAGGCUCUAAAAGACUAGGCGGCUGGAUACAUGGGGAAAAACUACGUGUUGGCAGCGGGAAGGAUGAUGAGAUCCUAUUCCAGCGCGGUCCGCGAAUGCUUAGGCCUUAUAAUAAGUCUCUAAAGUUCGACGACUUGGUCCUAUACGAUGUGGUCGGAAACCUGGAUAUGGGUCUUUACUUCAUUGAGCAAAACCGCAGGUCAUCUCGCUAUAUAUACUACCCAGACCACCUGGUUAGGCUUCCGAUACCAGAAGUCAGCCUGAGCAACCUUUUCGCAACUGUUGAAAGCUACCUGCGAGAACCAAUAUGGGACGGAGCGCUGAUGUCCGGUAUAAGAUUAGCUGUCACUCGAAACGGGCAUGAGGGUAACACUGAUUACCGGGCGUUGGCCCAAGACGAAUCUAUCGGAGACUAUUUCGACAGGGUCUUCGGAGAUGACCGAGUCACCAAAAACAUAAUGUCCGCCGUGAUCCACGGUAUCUAUGGCGGUGAUGUAUACAAGCUAAGCGCAAAGCACUCUAUCUUCGAUCACAUGUGGCGAGGGAGCAAGGGUCCUACAGACCGGGAAGAGACUCGAAAAUGGGUGGAGACCAAAGAUAUAAUUUUAUUCUGUGAUAUGGCGCAUAGUGGUCGGGGCAGGACCAUGGGCUUUCUUGAUAAAGCGAGAGAUUUCGAUCUCAUAGCGUACGACGACGGCCUCCUCACCCUUGUGAAUAGCUUAGUCAAAGACUUGAAAGCACAUAAGAACGUUACUAUUAAACCUGGUCAUUUUGUCACGUCUUUAGCCUACGAAGAUGGCAAAGUCUCGGUAAAAACUAAGCAAAAUCCCCCGAAGCAGUUCAACCAGGUGAUCAGCACCCUCUUCUCGAAGCACCUGGCCUCGCUCGUCCAGCCCGCAGGCUGCCUUCCUUCGCUGGAAGAAACCCAGGCAGUCACCAUCAUGGUCGUCAACAUGUGGUUCCCGAACCCUUACAUACUGGCCAACAACCACGGGUUCGGGUACCUGAUCCCGUCGUCGACGCCGAACAACGACGAGUGCCUGCUCGGCGUGCUCUUCGACUCGGACGCGCAGCUCGCUCCGGACCCCAUCCCGGGUACCAAGCUGACGGUCAUGAUGGGCGGCCACUACUGGGACGGCUGGAAGCACCUGCCGACCGAGGAGAUGGCCGAGGCCAUGGCCAAGGAAGCCGUGUUCCGCCACCUCAACAUCGACCCGUCGGAGCCGGUUUUUACUUCUGCGAGGCUGUGCCGCGACUGCCUGCCGCAGUACACCGUGGGCCACAAGCAGCGCAUGGCCGACGCGCACAAGGACCUCAUGCGCACGUUCAAGGGCCGGCUCUCCGUCGCCGGACACAGCUACACGGGGAUCGGGGUGCUGCCGUCGAUGCGGGCCGGGUUCGACGUGGCGAUGUCGGUGGCGCUGGGCCACGGCCCGCCGUGGAGCGCGGACAGGUUCGUGCCGCCGGACCUGCGGGGCGCGCAGAUCGACCACGUCGGGAUGACGGGGCUCCUGGGGUUCACGGCGCCGGAGAAGUUGACGCUGGCGCUCGCUGAGAAGGAGUUGCUCUGGGGAAAGAGGUGGCAGACUGGUUUCGGACGGUACGGUAGCCGCGAGGAGUGGGAGCGGGCGAAGGAGGAGAGUAGGGUUCGUAGGAGGUUGGAGAGGGAGAAGGAGAGGGAGAGGGAGGAAGGGGGGAAAGGGGAAUGAUGGGAUGGGAUGUUGGUCUUUAUAUAGAAUAGGUAAGGUUAAGAGAUCGUGGCGGGACGGUCUGGGGACGGUUUAGGUUUGAGGUUUGAGGUUAUCUAGGUAGGUGGGUGGGUAGAGAUGGUAAACUUAGAUGAGGGUGAGGAAUGUUAAGCGAGUUCGUUAACGCUCUGCUGGAGGGUUUAGCGUAAAAACGCGCCGGGUUCGGGUUAUAAAAAUAUUUUGGCGAGGAAUUCGUCGAUAUAGGUACCUGUCUCUUGUAGGAUGUGGUGUAUGCCGAAGAAGCUACCUACGCCGGACGGUACCCAGGAAAGGAGGGUGGGUAUGAACAUUCUACCAAAAUUCACGAACUUCGAUUCAAAUCACUUAUCACGUUAGAGUCAUAUUAAGUCAAGUCACCUUCACGUUAGACACUGAAAUGGCUGUGAUGCAAUAUAAUCAAUUAGGUAGC